AAAAAAUUUAGCAAUCGUUACUGUUUAUGUUGCAAUCAUGCUUUUAUAUACAAAGGCUGGGGAAUGAGACGAUGCAUACCAAUUUACACCUCUAAGUGGAUCAAGCUUUGUGGGCUAUCAGUGUUGAAUUGGGAAUGUCGAGAUGUUUUAUUUUAAAAAGACAGUGUCAUCUUCAACAGUAAAAAUUUCGACCAUUGUUGUUCUCAAAAAUAAAUACCAGCCAUAUAACACGUCAGAACAAUUUUCAAAAGAGGUGACUUCAAAUGAGGCCAACUCAGUAUUUGGCUUUAGUCCACUCGAUUCAUAUGUUGAUACGGGCUAUAGCAGAUUCAUAAUUUCAGGGCAAUAUAUCUCUAAUAACGUGUAUUACUACGGGUUCCUCAUUGUUACACCUGGAGAUCCUCCAACUUUUAAACUGAAAUUCAUUAACCAGAAAAUGAAUGACCAUACUUCAUCAACUACGAGAAGCUUUACUCAAUCAAGACUGAUUAAACCUUCCGCCAAUCUUGGAUACUUUGGAGUCUUUGUUAAUUAUUAUGGACAUAUCAGUGGCACAAAUGAGACACAGCUCCUCCUCAAAGUGCAAUCAAGUACCCUUCAAGUCAGUCAGAUAGGAUAUAUAUAACUGGACAUUAUGACGGAUCUUACCUUAUCACAAACUCUCCAGUUCCGAUGAUGGUUCUUGGAACGGUAGCUUUAUCAGACAAUACAGUUACUAUCUUAAGUUAUAUUACAAAUCAAGCCAGUAGCGAAAAAUUCAGCAGCUCAUAUCGUCUGUCCAUAGGUUCUUUCACAAAUAAUGCUAAAACACUGAGAAUUUGGGGUGGAAGUUUUCAAUUUUCCGGAAUGGAACCUGUAAAUACUACCAGUGGAGAAAGAAUCAUUAUUUACGGCUCUGCCUAUAAUUACGAUUACAACAGUUAUUACUUGUACUACUCCUUGCUUCAUCCAGGAGCUAGUGAUGUCAACCAAGUAGUCAGGUAUUCAAAAUCUGGAGCCAAUUGGGUGAAUGUUGUACUAAGUUUUCAACAGAAAAGCAUUAAUGAAGUAGUUUUUGUGUUUAUAGACACUUAUACAAGAGUUGUAAUUAUGAAUCUUGAUAGUGGACAGAUUUCUUAUAACGCAAGAACUACAGUCAACUUAGGAGAUAUAGUGGUUUCUUCUUAUGCAGGAGAGAUUUACUUGCAUAAGGCUUAUUCCAGUCCAUAUGUGAUCUCUAAGUAUUCAACAACGUUGCACAAGUCAUGAUCUGAAGAUUUCACCGAUGAAAGUACAUGGUAUGCAAAUCUAGGUUCAAAGACUUCAUUCGAACAUACAAUAAGAGCGCUAGAGAUAAAUUCAGCAUCAACCUCAUCUUACACGUUACAAGAAGUUGCACUGUCAAUAAAUGACGCUACUGUCUCUGCUUAUCAAGAAAGCGAUUGAGGAUCUUCAACUGGAAGCAUUCCAGAUCCAAUUAAAAAAGAGACGGCUAAAUGAGGAAGUGGAACAACCAGUUGGUAUUUUGAUUCCCUUGUAAAACAAAGUUUUACAACUUCAUGAACACUCAAAUCUUGGCAAACAAUGCCCACCUCGAUAUAUUAUGAUCUGACUGUUUAUGAUAGUUCAAACUUAGCAAUUCCAUGGAUGAGUUUGACAUCAUGGAAUGAACUCAUAGCAACUGAUAUUCCAUGCUCUUUGAUUGGAAAUAUUACUCUGUAUCUCAAAGCAGAUAUUGGGCAAAUUGGAAAUCAAACAGUUAAAAUUAAUUUGGAAGUUAAACCUCCUACUCCUCUUAUCAAUGAUACUGUCCAAAACCAAGGAACAACAGCUUUGAAUUCAGCAGUUACUUAUAGUGUUUCAACAAUGUUCAAAAACCCUGAUGGUUACUCUUCUGUACUAACAUAUUCAGCAACUUUAUCUGAUGGGUCAAUGUUACCUUCAUGGAUUGAUUUCGACCCUACAACAAAGAUAUUUACAUUUGCCACUACUUCUGUCAAUACAGCAGCUAUAAAGCUAAUAUGAACAAAUAAGGAUGGGGGUAGUCAGAACCAGCAAUUUACUGCAAGCAUAACCAAUACUUCUCCAACUGUAAUUUCAUCUAUGGGUUCAGUGACUCGUGAAGAUAAUACAACUUUUACAGAUACUUUCAAUCUGACUCAAGUAUUUCAAGAAGUAGAUCCAAAUCAAUCAUUGACUUUCUCAAUAGAUAACGAUCCUGCUCCUCCUUCAUUUGUGACAGCUUCUAUUUCAGCAGAUCAUAUUUUGACAGUAACUGGGAAAGCUAGCUCUUCAGAUAUUGGAGGGAUUCAUAGAGUGUUUGUAGAAGCAAGUGAUAGUUUUAAUGUAAUCUUUGAUAUACUAACUAUUAUUAUUACCGAGAAUAAUCCUCCAGCCCAACCAGCUGGGUUUCAAACUUCAAUCAUUGGAUAUGAAGAUACUCAAAAUAAUACAGACUUCCUUCCAUUUACUGAUGAAGAAGGCAACCCAAUUUCCUAUGUUGUUACAAAUUCUAAUGGAAGCUCCCUUAACACAUCAUGGAUUACAUUUGAUCCAGUAGGCAGGAAACUAGUCUACACUCCAUAUGGUAGUCUCACUAGCCCAAUUGCAUUCACCUUUACUGCUUCAGAUGCUUUCAACACACCAGUAGAUGUCACAGUCACAAUGACAAUAAAGUUCAAGCCAAAAGAUAACCCUGCAGUUGUUACUAGACAAGGAGAAUUUGUAGUUUUAAGUUAUUCUUAUUUUGAAGUGCCGGAAAGCAUUAUUACAGACGAUGCUGCUAUAACAAGUUACUGGGUUACUUUAGAUGAUGGAACUAGUCCACCGCCUUCAUGGCUCACAAUCUUAGAUCCAUUGUCUAGUUCAAGUGGAAAUUUUGAGUUUUCUGGAAUUUAUCCAGUAUUUGUAAGCGAGACAAUAUCUCUGAGAAUAUAUGCUCGCGAUUCUGAUAAUCUUGAAGGAUACUCCUCAAUAUCAAUACAGACUAAAUUAUUUUGACAUGUCAGCUGACUUACUUGUAAUGGGCCAGAUAUUGAUGAUUGUCUGACUUGUGAUUCUGGAAGGUUCUUAUAUCUAACUUUGUGUAAACUUGUCUGUCCAGAUGGAUACUACGGAGACUCUUCAAGCAACACUUGCCAACCCUGAAACACAGUAUGAAGUAAAUGUAAUGGAGCAACUGAAUUGGAUUGUAUAUAGAAUGAACUUACAAUUCUACGCAUAAGUAUUUCCGACACAAUAAUGAAUGACUGAAUCAUUGUCCUCUUAAAAUGUAUGGAGAUCCGACAUUAAGCAAAUGAGAAAACUGUCACUCCUUUUGCACCAAUUGAUAUGGAGAACUCUCUACUCAAUGCACUGCUUGAGAUAUAGAAAAUAGAUACACACUUGUAGCUCCGGACACUUGAAUCUAUCUUGAAUGUCCUGAUGGAUUUUAUUACAACAAUGUAACUAAGGAUUGACAGCCUUGCCACGAGACUUGUCAAACAUGCAAUGGUCCAAAUUCUACCAAUUGAGUGUCAUGUUCAUACUCAAAGUUUCUUAACCAACAACUAGGAAGUUGCCAAUUAUGCUCAGAGAUCAAUUCAGGGUUAGUUUUUGAAGCUCUCACAAAUACUUGCCUUGAACAGUGUGGCAAAGGAUACAACCUUGGCUUCGUUGAAUGAGAUGAUGGAAACUCUUCUAAUGAUGAUGGAUGAAGUGCCAACUGAGAAGUUGAAACAGACUGGAAAUGAGAAGGAGGAAAUAGUACUAAUCCUGACACUUGCUUCAGUUUAAUAGGACCUACUGUUGAAUUCACAUUUAUAAAUAGGAAUAGUUAUCUUGGAUCAUUCGCUUUGAUUGAGAAUGUCACAUUUGGAGACUACUCUGAAGGAGAUAUUUCAGUUUCCAUUGAUGGGCCUCUUUCUCCAUAUGAGUUUAAUUUUACCAUGAAUGAUAAAACAGAAUAUAUAGCUGGGCAGAUAAAUAGCAGAUUUAAAAUUCAGUUUGAGUUUUUAUCAAGUCUUGCAGGAGAUCAUCAAGAAACAAUUACAGUCACUUUCAACAAACCAGAACUUUUCAUUGAUUCUGAUGGUAAUGCUCUAUCAAACACCAACACAAGUUUGACAAUACCAUUUUUCAAAUCAGUAGUGUCUGAUGAAGAAAAAGCAGCAGCAAGUGCACAAUCAAGUGCUAGUCUUCUGAGUCUGAUUCUUGCUCUGGGGUCAAGCACCUUCAUCUCAGUGGUCCUUGGUGGAACUAUUGAGGCAACUUGGCUGCUCUUUGGAUGUAUCCAGCUGAUGUCUUUUGUCCCUCUCUUUAAUAUGAACUUACCUGGAAACUUCAGAGAGUUUUCAAAGAACUUAGCAGUGCUACAUGGAGAACCAGCAGGUCUUCCAAAUCUGUUCGAAUACUUUGUUGACACAGAAGGAUUAGAACCAUUUAACAACUACUUUGAAAUAAUGGGAUUCAAAACAGAGUUAAUAGUCAUGAACUCAGGCAGAAAGAUUGAGCUCUGGAUCAUCAUGUUCCUCUCAAUGGGAAUCUCUUUCCUUCUCUAUGAUUUGUUCGCCGAAUCCAAAAUUGGCAAAAUAGUGAGGAUGGUAGACACAAAAAUAAGAUAUGGAUUGCUUAUUCGGAGUGUGUCUCAAUUCUAUUUGAGCUUCUUUCUAUGAUCUGUGCUCAACAUCUACAAAAUCUCAUGGAGUGGAGUCAAUGUAGACUAUUUUAACAAUGCAUGAGCCUUAAUUGCGAUGUUCACAGUUCUUUACAUCCCAAUUAAAUCUUUUAAUAUUGUCUACAAGGCUGGAGAUUUAAACUCGGAAGAAUUCAAAAAGAGAUAUAAGACGAUCAUUGCCGGCUUGAAAAUAUCAGGGCCUCUAUGCUUCCAGUUCAUUAGUCUAUUUUAUUUCAGAAGAGGAGUAUAUGCAUCCAUUUUUGUUCUGUUUAAUUCUGUUCCAAUAUUUCAAAUAGGGAGUGCAUCUGUUGUCAUGCUGAGUAUGGCUUUAUACAUUAUUAUUGUUCGUCCCUAUGACUCAAUACUGUCAAAUUUCUUGAGCGUGAUCAACGAGUUCUUAGUGACAUCAAUGAUAGGAGGGUGUUAUAGAUUUGUAGAGCCUGCAAUAACCCCAAGCUUGAGUUCCUUGAUAGGAAACAUAUUCAUUGGAAUUGUUAUCAGUACCAUAGUGAUCAACUGGGUUUCAAUAAUUUGAUACGGCAUUGGCAUUUUAAUAAAAAAUAAAAUUCGCAAGGGAAAACUAAAGUCAGUUAUGAAAGCAAAGGACGCUAUAUUCAAUGACAGUAGUAGGGUAUUUGCCAAACUCUCAAAGAACACUACAUAAAACUUAAUGAAUAAAAAGAUUUAGCUCUGC